GCUCCCUCGUGCCAUGUUGGCUGGAAGAGCAAGAGCCGAGUGAAGGAAACAUCAGGGAAGGGGUAUCACCCAAUUAACCACCCAUUUUCCAUCUAUACCAUCAUGGCGGACCCGGAGACACAAACACAGCCUGAAGAACAACCUAAGGCACCUGUUAAGGAAAAAGAAGUCCUUGCCACCAAGGUAACCGGCACUGUGAAAUGGUUCAACGUGAAGAGUGGCUAUGGCUUCAUCAACCGGCAUGACACCAAGGAGGACGUGUUUGUCCACCAGUCGGCCAUUAUCAAAAACAAUCCACGCAAAUAUGUGCGGUCGGUAGGCGACGGCGAAGAAGUGGAGUUUGACGUCGUGGUUGGCGAGAAAGGCAAUGAGGCAGCCAAUGUGACUGGUCCUGGUGGAGACGCAGUUAAGGGGUCGCCUUUUGCUCAUGACCGUGAUGUUCCCCUGCAGGGGUCGCCCUAUGCAGCAGAUCGUCGUCGUGGCUACCGCCGCAGAUACUACCGUCGUGCUCUACCAGGCGAUGAGGGAGAGAUGGAGGAGGAGGGAGGAGAUUUUGCACCACCAAUGAGGGGUCGUGGCCGUGGAGGAUUCCGUGGCCGUGGACCCCGUAGGUUCUACCGUGGCCGCUUCUUCGGGCGUGGACGCGGGCGCGGGGCAGGACGUGGUGGCUAUUAUCAAGGUUAUAAUGAGUAUGAGGGAGGGGACGUGAAUGAAGGUGAGGGCAUGCAAAUUAGGGGACGUGGAAGAGGCCGUGGACGUGGCAGGGGUAGGGGCGGACGUGGCCCACGCGGUUACUUCCGUCGCUACUAUGGUGGUCCUCGUCCCCAGUAUGGAGAAAUGAUGGCCAAUCCAGAGGAGGUGCCUCGUCGUAGAUUCCGCCGUGGAGGCCGUGGACGUGGGCGUGGCGGCCGAUACAACGGAACCCCUGAAACGAGGCCUGAAGCGUCAGCAGAACCAACAAACGAAAUUGCUGAGGUUGAGGAAGAGCAGCAUGAGGCUCAGACUGAAGUGGUGGGAGAUGGUCAGCAGUCAGGACAGGAAGGUCAAACUGCUGCUGCUUCUUCACAACCUCAGCAGCCAGUGGAGAACACAACUGCUGAAAGCUCCAUGUAAACCUACAUCCCUCUCCUUCCCCAAGUCAUGCCACCAAAGCAAAGUCCUUUUUUACAAGUAGCUGUAACUGUGUUGAACAUCUACCUUGUGUUGAGCAGUUUGGUUACAGCAACAUGGAAAAAAGGUCUAAAUGUAAGGGUGGGUAGGGCUGUUGUUGAGUUACGCCUCAGCCCCACAUGCCCAGCAGGAACCCUACCCACUACCCGGGACCCCCAGCUGCAAACAAACCACCGAGACGGAAGAAAGGGACUAGAGUAAUGCAGAGUAGUGGCUAUAACAAACAUGCUACUGCUCCCGGUUACCAGAAAGUCGGCUCUAAUCAUAAUAAUGAAGGAAAUCACAGUCCUCACUUCGGUCCGUAAUGAAGAGGCCACAAUGUAGAACAGAACAGACAAACCCACGGUCAAGGGUUGGAGUCACCGAAAUGAUGGCCCUUUCUUUGUCACGCAACACCACUGAUGAUGCCAUGCAACAAAUACUAAGAUACAUUUAGUCUAUGGGUGGGGAAUGAAGCAGCAACAUAAAAUUCCAGUAUGAUUACAAUGGGUGGUAAAAAAAAAAGUAGACCGCAGAUUCCUCAAGAAAUAUUUUUUGAUUGUUCCAUGUCCAUGGUGCUGAGGUGUGUUUGUUGCUGGUUGGGUUCCACCAAAAAAAGUGUAAAAUCACAAGAAUUAAACCUCAUGCACAUGUUUAAUCAUGAACUACCCCUCGGUAGGCCCUGUGACAAGCCUAGGAUGCUGCAACGUCGUCAGAUUGUGCAGGAUUACACAUCUCCCUGAUUUAUUUUUUUUUUUUUAUUUUAUUAUUAUUUAUAAAUUGCAUUAGUCUUAUUGGCACACCACCAGAAGACUGUAGGUACUCCUGUUUGUGUUAAGUGUCCUAAGGUCAACGUUAGGGGUGCAUCAGAUGAAUUUAACAAAUGGAUUUUAAAAGUUUCAAGUACCAGCUUUAUUUAGCUUGGUAUGGGAUAUAGUGGAUGGAACUUAAGUUUUCUUGUUUUGACAUGAUUUCACAUUGAAUAUUUAUUACAUUGGCAGUUAUUUUUGAAAGACCCUAUUUUGACACUUUUUCUACAUAAAUUUUUGUAGGAAAUUAUUGUGCCACAAAACAUGUGCAUUUGCAAUAAACCAAUAAAAUCCAUAAAAAUG